CUACUAGGUAUGGGGGGUGCGGGCUGGACGGACGUCACAGGCAAUCUGCUGUCCUCGUGCUGUAGCUGCAGGGGCAUGUCGGCCGAGUUGGGGAGGCGGACGAUCCGAGGCGGUGUUUGAUUAGGAUUAGGAAUUCCGAUUCCGAUUCCGAUUCCGCCUUGGUCCCUUGGUCACCCGGCCUAUAGAUCUAUCUAUAUAUACAGAGACUCGAUCGAUCGAUUGACGCUGUACCUAGCACCGGUCGACUAGACGCGCGAUGGGAUCCUGGUUCUCUUCCCCUGCUCCUACUUUCUGUACGGCGGCAGCUGGACAUGAUGUCCUCCGUGAACUCUGGAAUCGCCAAGCUGCUAUCAGCAUCCCGGGCAAGUUCGACGCCAUCGUCAUCUGUGAUCUAGCCAACUGGGCCCUCGAACACUACAACUCCAACCAUCCGGGCGCACCCGAGUUCCACUGUCAUGGCUACCUGACACCGGAGUUGGACCUCAAGGCAGCCUGCGUUGGCUUCAGGAAAGAUCUCUGGUACCACCUCAACUUCCUGGCUCGCCGAACAAGCGACGGCCAUGCCGUCGAGACGCGACGCUUCUUCGCGGAAAUGCGGUUCGAGCCAUCCUCCGACAGGCUGAUCGUCGAAACAUGCAUCAUCUUAGAGGAGCCGUGUUCCAACUUCAGUACCAGCUGCGCAUUUUGUCCCGAUGAAUACAAGAUCUUGCAUCCAAGCGAAUUUGAGUGCGGAAAGGAGGGGCACGAAAAGGAAUUCUUCCGCCACAGGUGUGGAAUGGAUGGACGCACCAAAGUGUUCUUCAGCGAGAACGAGAUGCUACAUACACCUUUCAUGCUAGGAGCAGCAGUACCUCGAUAUAGAUUGUAAUAUGUUGAAGAGUGAUGUGUAUAGUUUCGCUUGAGAUCUACUGCUGAAAGUUAUACCAAACAAUCUAUAG